CAGAUACUGCAGCUGAUAAAUGACCACCUGUUUUUAUUAAGACAGAAGUAGGGGCAUAGACAAGUGACAAAGCUUCUUUUUUAUUCAAAAAUGGCAAAAUGUUUUAUUUCCAGCACCUGCCUAAUGUUGAUCCUGCCCUGCGUGGAGUCGUGCUCUCUCCCGAGGUCUCUCUACGUAAUUGUACCUGAAACAAUUCCACCUGAAUACCAAGUAGCAAAAGUUGAAGCCGUCGGCUGUGAUGUCAAAUCAACGCAGUUAACUGUGAAGGACCCGAGUUUUACAAUAAACAGUAAUGGAGCAGUGGUAGCUUUAACGUCUGUCUCAGUGGCCGAAAGAGGACGGACAUUUUUUGUGUGCGCUCUGGACAAUAGUGGGACGGAAAGUAAGAUGGAAGUUCACCUUGUCCGCAGUACAAUGCUGAAAAAACAUCAACGAGGCCAAGGCUUCCUGAGUCACUCUAAAAGACGCUGGGCACCUCCGAACAUCAACAUAGUGGAAAAUUACGUAGGACCCUAUCCAAAACUACUGGAAAAGCUGGUGUCAGAUUCGUUUGCCUACCGGGAUGUGUACUACACUAUCGAAGGAGAAGGAGUCACUACGUAUCCAACUGGAGUGUUCAGACUGGACAAAAACACAGGGGAGCUGUUCUUGCUCAAAGCUGUGGGUCGUGAGGAGUUCCCAGAAUAUAAUAUUGUGGUGCGUGCUUAUCACAAGACAACAUGGAGGCAGACAGAUGAGGAUUUGCCCAUAAAAGUGGUUGUAAAUGAUGUCAAUGACAAUCCACCUGAGUUUGUAGGUCCACUACAUGAAAACAUAUAUAAAGAUUUGAUAAACACACCAAACUGGAUAUCAAAGUUUGUCAUUACUCAAGGAAAUGCAAAAGGAAAUUUCAGGAUUGUUACUGACCCCCAAACAAAUGAAGGGCUUUUGUACGUCUCAAAGCCAUUAGAUUAUGAGAAGACCAACAUUUGCAGCUUCAGAUCACAGCACAAAAUCAAGCAAUGCUGAAUGGCAGCAGUGCUAGUUGGCAAUCGAUCCCUGUGAAUGUCAGUGUCACCAAUGAAGGCCCAGAAUUCUCUGUGCCUUCAAUCUGCUUCAUUGUCAAAGAGAACACACCAAAUGUCACAGUGAUAGGAACUUAUAUAGCUGCGGAUCCUGAGACCAAGAGCAGCAAAUCCCUUCAAUGGAACCCCCUCUGACAAAGUAAAGCAUGCUAAAACCCUCAAAAAUCGACACAUUGUUUCACCACCUAAAGAAGGAGCAAGUCUUACAAUACCAUUUCUAUGGCUCUGGGACUCCAGAGCACCACGGUGAAAGCCGUUAUUCACAAUUGGAGAAAUCCUGGAACAGUGGUGAACCUUCCCAGGAAUUGCUGGCCGACCAAAAUUACUCCAAGAGUCCAUCGACUACUCAUCCAGGAGGUCCCAAACGAACCCGGAACAACAUUAAAGAACCGAAGGCCUCACUUGCCUCAGUUAAGGUCAAAGUUCAUAAUUCAAUAAUAAGAAAGAGACUGAGUAAAAAUGGCAUCCAUGAUAAAGUUCCAAGGUAAAAUCAGUGCUAACUAAAAAGAUCACAAAGGCUCAUCUCAUCUAUUCCAAAAACAUCUUCUGGAAAGACAUCAGGGAAAAUAUUCCAUGGACUGACAAGACAAAAGCAUCUUUUGGAAGCAUCAAACACACAAUUAAAAACCCCCAAAACAAAACAGAAAAACCAUGAUACCAGCAGUCAAAUUUGGUGAGACCAUGAUGUGAUGGUCUGGGGCUCCUUUGCUGCUUCAGGACCCGGAUGCCUUCUCAUAAUUAAUGGAACCAUGAAUUCUGCUUUGUACUAGAAAAUCCUGAAGGAGAAAGUCCGGUUGUCACUUUGUUGCAUAAAGUUAACUUUGUCAACUGAAAUUGGCCAUUCAUGCUUGAAAACCCUUGAAUGUGGUUGAAUCAAAACAAUUUUGCAAAGAACAGUGAGACAAAAUUACUCCGCAGUGAUGCGAAAGACUCAAUUCCAGUUAUUCCAGUUACUUGACUACAUGCCGUUCUUGGUGCUAAGGUAAUUGCCCCAACCAGUUAUUUUGUUUAGGAGCAAUUACCUUUUCACACAGGACCAGACAGGUUUGGAUACCAUAUUUCACUUAACAAAUGAAAAACAACAUACAAGAUAAAACAAACAAACAAAAAUACAGGAUAUUGUAUUUACUCAGAUUAUCUUUGUCGAACAUUAAAUGAUCUGAAACAUGGCAUUGUGACAAGUGUGCAAAAAUAUGGAAUCAAGAAGGAGGCACUGUAGGUGACACUUAGUAAUUGCAAUUGUUCCUGUGUGCCAACAUGUACACAUUUUCUACAUUACUGUUGUAUUGCAGGCUCCUUGACAACAACAGGAACUGUCAUCCUUCUGGUGGAGAAUCCUAUGAGUCCAGUCAGCAUUUUAUUAAAAACCAAGACAGUGCAAAACGAAGAGGUUUGGAGGGUUCCAGGUAAAAUGUUUUGAGAAACUGCCCAUUAAAUUCUUAAAGAGUGUACAAGUGGUGAGCUCGGAGACCCACCAUCCCAAGGCAUAAACACUGUGACAAUAAAGAUCGAGAACACGAAUAAAAAUCCAGCAGUCAAUAUUCUGCAAAAUGGAUUCUGGGUAAAAAUAUCUCCAAUAUUGACAGUUAUCCAAAUUUCAAUUUGUUAUUGUGUGACAAAGUGGCUAGGACAGAAUUCAUUUGCCAUUUGUCACUUGCAUAUAUUGUUAUUUUGUGUUCUGUUAUCCUAUAGUCUAUCAUAAUGCUUUAAUGUAAACACAGCACAUGUAACCUUGGCUCUACAUACUAUCCCAGGUCUGUUUGUGGUAGCAUUGGUUAUAUUCAUUUCAUCUGUGCAAAUGUACUUAAAGCUAAAUCAAUGUCACGUCAUCAUUAAUUGAUUUGAAUCUUUCAUUUGUUUAUGUAGUUUGGUUAUACUUACCAUUGUGUGUUCCUUUGAGCAGGUCCUAUGUGUAAAACAGGUGUGUGGGAAGGGCCGCUCCAGUACUUCCUGAUUUUAUAGGAUAUGAUGUUACUGAUUAUGUCAAUUGGGUGCAGGAGCGAUUCUAGGAUCAGAGCUUUGGGGGUGCUGAGCACCCAGAGAGCUACCCAUCCAGGCAAGGUAAACUUUACUCGUCAUAAUGAGACAUCUUCCCUGUCUCUGUCAGUCCCUGCAUCCUUAAAUGUCUCCAGUUGUCCC